AUGACGGCCAUGGGGGCUCGGAUAAGAAGGCCUUUUGUUGGGAGUACAGCAGAAAGUCGGUGUGCUGUCGUCAGAGCGUGGGCCAAAGUGGAGCUGACUAUGCACGAGAGCGUUGAGGUGUACCUGGGUGACUCGGCCCAGAUCCCCUGCCAGUACAGCUUCACUGAAACCAACAAUGAGCCCAGCUUUGUCAUCAUCCAGUGGUUUGUGAGAAUUGUGGGUAACAGCUCACGGAUGAGGAUCUUCUACGGUGAUAACAGUCACGACAUGGUGGACAACAACACGAUCUACAGCGGACGCAUCAACGUGACUUCAAACGAGCGGGGAUCGCAACUCAUCAUCCCGGAUGUCCGGCUCUCUGACGAGCGGGAAUUCGUCUGCCAGGUUAACGGGCUGGCUGCCGGGAACGCUGAGGGCAAGACUCACCUCAGAGUGUUUGCUCCCCCAGAGCCUCCAGUGAUCGAGGGCGUCCUUAACGGGAUAUCGGUGACCAAUGAAAUGCCGUCUAAGGUGGCUUCAUGCGAGGCUCGAAACGGCUUCCCGAAACCCAACAUCACCUGGUACAGAAACAACAUACCGCUGACGACUUUACCAGGACAUGUGAACGUGUUGACCCUGGUGACUCGGGAGUCCACCGCCUACUACUCCGUCCAGAGCACGCUGGAUUACAAGGUGAUUAAGGAGGACAGAGAUGCUCAUUUCUCCUGUGAGGUCAGCUUCUUUGUCCCUGGAGCCAUCAGGACGGUCGAGUCCAACAGCAUCAACAUCACCGUUCACUAUCCCACCACCAUGGUCGAGCUGUGGAAGGAGUCGCCCCAGGGCUUGGUCAAAGAGGGGGAUAUGGUGGAGCUACGUUGCCAGGGCGAUGGCAACCCCCCGCCGCCCUUCAUUUUCAACCGAGAACAAGAGCCUGAUCUGGACUUGGAGAGCCGCGGCGAUGUUUUGAUCUUGACGCCCGUGUCACGGAAAGACAGCGGCAUCUACCAGUGUCGCCCUCUGGACACCGAUAGCUUCAACGAGGUCAAAGGGGAAAUGCAGCUCACUGUGCACUACUUGGACCCGGCUGUCGUCGUACCCAAAGAAUCAGAGGUGAUGCUCAGAGGAGAAGAUCUGACCGCCACCUGUAACGCUCUGUCCUCUCUGAAAACAUCCACCGUGUGGUACAAGAAUGGGAAGCAGGUGGGUAAGGGGAACACGCUGCACCUGCAGGACGCCACCUAUGACACAUCAGGAGAAUACACGUGUGAGGUGACCGUUCCCUCCCUCCCGACUCUGCACACCAGCGGCUCCGUUCACAUCAUCGUCCAAGGUGGUCCCCAGCUGCUGGGAGUGGAGCAGGACGUUCAGCUGGAGGAGGCUUCGGGCCGGAUGGUGAACCUGAGCUGUGAGGCUCAGGGACACCCAGCACCCAGGAUCUCCUGGAACGUCAUCGGCAGCCAGAACUGGCAGGAGGUGAUGAACAAGGCCAACGAGCACAUGACUCACAGCGUGGUCUCGGUCAAAGUCACCUCGGACAUCAGCGUUCAGUGUAACGCCUCCAAUGACAUGGGCAACGAAGUCAAAGCUUUCAGCAUCAAAGCCAUUCCCAUGGUCACCUCAACUGCUCCCUUCUCUCCCGCUGAAGGCAGCGGGGUGAUCAUCGUGGGAAUCAUACUGUGUCUGCUGCUGCUCGCCAUCCUCGGCAGCGUUCUCUACUUCCUGCAUAAGAAGGGAAAGAUUCCCUGCGGACGCUCAGGGAAGCAGGAGAUCACCAAAGAGAAGACCACCAAAGAUGACAUUGUCGUGGAGAUGAAGUCCAACACAAAGAAUGAGGAAGCCGUCCUGCUAAAGGCCGUCAACGGAGACAAAAAAGGCCCUAAUGACCAGUAAAAGCUCUGUGACGGACGAGCAGUGACGUGUUCGGCUGUCAGCGUGUGUGUCGGAGGUUUGGAGCAGCAAACAGAAAAACCUCCACCUAUCUAAAAAACCUGCAGGGUAACAACCACCU